AUGUCACUGAUUGAAAACCUCAGACUUCCUGAUACAGAUAUAAACGUGACCAGGUAUUAUGUUAAUCGAGUAGCUGGUGAACCUUACAUAACUGCAGAGUUCCCAUCAUCGGAAUUUGAUAUGUAUAAAGACUUUCUUGUUGGUCAAGGAAACUCUUUCACGAAUGCAAAACGAAGAAAAAAACGAGCAGCUUCUAUAAACAUUGUUAACGGUCCGUUAACUGAAGGUCGCUCUUAUCGUUUACUACAACGUGGUUUGGAUGAUAAAAGAACAGUUAUUAGAACGAGAGCUUGGACUGACACAAUACAAACGAUGAAAAUUGUGAAAAUUGAUCAUGACGACGACUCUCCUGUUGGUGUCAUAGUUGGUGUUGUUGUUGCAGCAGUCAUUUUGGUUAUUUUGAUUGUAAUUGCCGUGUUUUACAUCAGAAGACGACGUGGUAACAACAGAAAAAAUAUUUUAGACAAUAUUGAACUGGAAAAUCGAGGUUUUGAAUCAUGUGAGGUAUUGGCUGUUGCAGAAUUUAAUGAACAUUGUCGCAAAUCUGCAACAAACUCGAACAGUCUCUACUCUAUAGAGUACAUGGCAAUUCCUCGAGAGAAUGCGAAUCUUUCUAUGAGUAUUGCUGAACUAGAAGUUAACAAAGAAAGCAAUCGAUAUAACAAUAUCUUAUGUUACGAUGACAAUCGAGUGAUUCUUAAAACUGAUCCAAGUGGCAAUGACUAUAUAAAUGCCAGUUACCUGGAUGGAUGUGAAAAAGAGAAGGCAUACAUAGCAACUCAAGGACCAUUGGAAACGACGUGUGAACAAUUCUGGCGAAUGGUUUGGGAAAAUUUAAGCAGUGUAAUUGUUAUGGUUACAGGACUGGAAGAGGAUCGAAAAGUAAAAUGUCAUCAAUAUUGGCCAUCAAAAGGAAGCGCUGAAUAUGGUGAAUUUGUUGUUACGUUGUUGGAGGAAUUUGAACUUACAGAUUAUACCAUUAGAACAUUUAAAGUUGUUGGGGCAGAUAAACUUCAAGAGCGUUCAAUCAAACAAUUCCAUUACACUGCGUGGCCUGACCAUGGUGUACCGAGCAGUCCCAGUUCCCUUUUAAAUUUCGUGCGCAAGUCAUCUGCUGCAAACCCGCCAAAUGCUGGACCAAUGGUAUGA